GUGUAGCGGGAUUUGUUAAAAAUCUAUUUGAAAGAUGCUGCAAUUUCCGGCUUUCAUGACGCAAUACCCGACGUCGACGAGGAUCAUUCCGACGUCGCUUCUUCUUCCUCCGCAAUGGCCUCAGCCACACAGCGAGGAACUACUUCUUGCUAUUGAGGAAUCUGAAUUCGAAGAAAAGUAUAACGACAUCAGGAAGAUAAACAGCAACGUAAUUGUGAUAGGAAAAACAUCAGUUGAGAACGACAAAGAAGACUUUGAGAACGAUGCAGACGAAGAUGAAGCUGACAAUGCCGAAGAGUCUGAAGGCGAUGAGUUUGAACAGGAAACGGGUUGAUUUUUCAUAUCUUUGUUUUCGCUGCAAAUAGAUUUUGUAACGGAAUAUCUUUACUGGUUACCGUUUUACAAAGUAAACACUCUUGUCAAAAAGAAUAAAAUCAUGUUCCAAUCAUUUGAAUAUCCAUUUUCGUUUUGUGA